AUGCAGGUUUUAGGAAGUACUCAUGAGCACAGAUCUUCCUACCAGUCAUGGCAGCAAGUGUCUCAAACAAGUCAUGUGCAGCAAGUGUCUCAAACAACAAGUCAUGUGCAGCAUAAUAACGAGGAGUACCAGUCCUAUGAAGCAACUUCUUGUUCAUACUCAACAGCUGCCCAUGCUGCUCACAUUGCUAACAAAAGCCUGGUCGAAGCAUCGACUGCUCCCCAGGAUGGUGAUGACUCUGAAGAUGAACAACUCCAAAUUGAUGAACAAAGUUCGGCCGAAAAUUGCGGUGGCGAUGCAAGGUUGGAUCCACUGGCCGAAGCUCCGCCUGCCGCAAAUGACGCGCCAAUACCUACUAACACAGGACAGCCCAGUGCUGUUGACUCCAUCAUCCAGUCUGAUGUGCUGCAGAAAUUGGUUAUGGAAUCGGUUAAAAAGUUUUUAUCUGAAUCACAAUUGCUUGCUAGUAUUGAGCCAUCAGUUCUGGCGAGUCAGAUAGACACUUCAGCUAUUGUUAGUUCACUAUCUUCUCAACAGAGCGCCAAUGCGAGUUCCCAAAAUACUGCAAGUAAGGAAAAAAAACGUCGUCUUUAUUUAAGACCUCCCGGCAUUCCAGACUACAAACCUACUCCCAUCAGAGAGCUACAGAAGAGAAAGUCGGUCGAGGGAUCCAGUGACAGGUCUCGCGUAAAUGUAAGUCAAGCUGACCAUGAGAGUGACACCACUGACUUCUCGUCACCUGAGGAAGAUGGCCAAGAUUUGCCUGCGAAUUUAGAUUCUGAAGCUGUCACUGCAGAAGGAGCUUCAUCUUCUCUGAAGGACGACGAGCCUGGAAAGAUAAACGACUUACCGUGUGGUAAUGAUGCUGAAUUGGAGGCUGAUCGAAUACAGAACGAAGCAGACAAGAAGUCCGAGACCUCAACACGAGUUUCUUCACACGUGUUGGUACCAGUUCAAGUGACACGUAAGACGUGGAAGCCGAGCUCACUGAAAGCUACCAAGCCUAACACAAUAUCUGGUGUGUUGGAGACCACUAAAACUCUCAACUCUUCAGAAGGCAAACUUCCAACGGUUGAUGAUUUAUCUAAACCACCGGCAGUGGUUCCCCCUACUGCUCAAACUUCAACGCAGUUGAUGCCAGAUGAUUCUUCUAGUCACACAAAUGAUGUGCCGCCGUCAGCUCAACCCGCAAAGCAAGUUGACAACGACGAAGAAAUUAACUCUCUUACCUCCACUGCUGCUGCAACCGACGCCAUCGUAAAGCCUGGAAACGUAGGAACAUCUACGUCUGGAUCCAGAGAUAUUGAUUCGCCGACUUCCAAGCAGUGUGACGACAUAGAUGAAAUGGAAGAGACCGCUAGUCAACCGCGUCCUGACAAAUGUUCCAGCGAAAAGGCCAGAGAUUCGUUGGACGAUGCGGAAUCCGACUUCGAAAGCGAGUACUCAGCACAGACUAGAAGUUCUUCAGGAGAUCGGUCAUCGUCUCGAGAAAGGAGAAGACGUCGUAGGAAACGGAAGCGUGAGAAGAAAGCGAAGCAUAAACGCAGCAAAUCAAGAAAAAAACUACGAAGGCAUAGUUUUUCCGAUGAUUCCGACUUGGAAAAAGAUACCUCCGGAAACGAGAUUGAUAAUGAAUUAAACUCGGAUGAAGAAAAUGCCGAGAGUUCAGCUGUGAAGAGAGAGAUUGCUUCUGAAGAGGAUGACGGUGACUCAUCAGAAGUGCCUCUUUCAAAAAAGAGAAGACGCCUGGACGAAAGCGAUACAUCAGGAUCAAAGAAGCCCAAAUCUAAGACUAAGAAGAGGAAGCGUUCAAAGCACCGCAAGAAGAGCAAGAGACAUAGGAGGCGCAGGUAUCGCAGUUCAUCGGACAGUGACAGCGAUUGGGGGAGCAGCAGCUCCAGCAGCCGGAGAAGCCGCAAGCGGAGAAGACGCGACAUUGACUUGAGCUUUAUAAAGCCGGACCCGGAGGACGUAAUCGAUCUAACGGUGAUCAAAGAUGAGUCUGACAGCAGUGACUCGCCUUGUGUUAAGACAGCGGCUGAUCUUACUAAUCCUGAAGGUUUAAACGAAGAUAAAAAGCAACCUAUCGUCACUGAAUCAGUUGUAAAUGCGACAGAUAAAGACAGCGAAACCAAGGAAAGCGUUUUUUCAUCUCAGCCGGAGCUGAAACAUCGGACGGCUUCAGCCGACAGCUCCAACACGAUUCCCUUCGAGGACCAAAUCUCCUCCCCUGGAUCAGGACCUCCGGAACCCCCUUCGGGGGGCUCCCCGUGCCCUCAGGAGCCAGAAGAACCAUCCCCCAACACCAACACCACUGAGAUCCCCCCACUCAAAAAAACCGCCGCUCUUUUUUCAUCAAAAACCAAAACAUUGAAGGAAAUAUCAAUAUUUGACUCUCUUCUCGAUGGCGGGGCUUCAAGUCGAAUCAAAACCGUGAAAAAGAAGUGUGUCGAGGAGCUAUCUUCCAGUAGCGCGACUCCCAGCGCCGCGGAGGAAGAAGAAAGACUCAAGAAAUUCACUAAGACUUUCACGUCUCGCAGUUCCACAACGUCUACACGUCACUCCAGCAAGGAGGUCGAGUCGUCAUCCACCAGCACACACGUCAGUAAAUCUUUAGUCACUUCUAGUUCGCCCUCGUCUUCCAUUGGUCGUAAGAGCUCUUCCAGCUCCAAGUCUAACUCUAGAAAUACUUUGGAUGGAGAUAAGAUUCCCAAUAAAUCGAAAUCAGAAGAUCCAUCUUCAAAAUCCUCGUCGUCUAGCAACAGAAGCAAAAAUUAUAAAAGCCAUUCAGAAAGUUCUAGUAAAAGUUCUAAAGAUAGACAUGACAGAAGCAGCAGCAGAAGUAGUGUCCACAAAUCUUCAAGCCACAGCAGCUCCAGAAAGCAUUCCUCAUCAUCGAGUUCUCGUCGUCAGUCUGCUGACCCAACAAAAAAGGAUACAAGCCACAAAGACACUGGCCACAAAGACGCACCACACAAAGACACUCGGCAAAAAGACUCACGCUCUUCUCGUAAAGAAAAAGACUUGAAAAAUAACGCGAGUUUCGAACCCGCGCCUAAGGCCUGUGCUUCGUCCCAGGAGAGCGAAGGCGUUUCUGACAGAGACAUCUUCAAUUUCAACAACGGUCCGUCCCACACGUCCCAGAGCAGCGAUGACGAGGCUUCCGCCGAGGGCAGAGACGCUCUUUCGCCGCUGCCUGAUCUCUCCGCACUGGACUCCAUCCCUGACGAGGACUGGGACAAACUCAUGUCUUUGGACGACGGAGACGCUGCAGAGGACGAGUGCCUGCAGCUCUACAACGACUUCACCCCACCCGCCCCCCGCCCCCCUGCGCCCCCCAAGAAGGUCGAGGCAGAGGAGGCCGGGGUGUGCGGCGUGCAGCGCGUGGCGCGUCCUGGCGCUGUGGGCAACCUCCUGGGCCGCCCUCGUCCCGCCACCGCUCGCUUAUCCCCCCACCAGGUGAUGAUGCAGCGCUACGCGAAGCUGAAGCAGGAGCAGGCGGCGCUGAAGCAGCAGCUGGAGGAGCACAAGCAGCACCUCAGCACUCAGCACCACGCCCGCGUCAGUGCCAGCAGCAGCUCAGGUGCUGACAGCGCUGCCAAGACAGCUGCUGACGCAGCCUUACCUCUUGGUGAGAUCCUGACGUCAGACACCCACGGGGAAUGA